CCAAUCAGACUCAUGUUUAGGAAAUAUAACUUUCAUACUUGCAAAUUAAUUAUUUACAAGGAAAUUUAAGGAACUGCAACUGCUGGACCUAAAAUUGUAAUUAAAAUAAAGAAAAAUUGUAAUAAAUGGCGUAUAUUCAAUUACACAUUAUGUUCUAAUAUAAUAAAAAGUUUAUAAACAAAUACACAAAUAGUUAAGGAUGAACGAGACUCCUGUAAAUUUUGGAAAUAUAUGCCGAAUCUGUCUGCAAAGCAGCAAAACUUAUUCUUUUAAAAGUUUAUUUGAAAAUCUACGGAAUGGUACUAUAAGCUCAAAGUUAAUAGCAAUAGCAAACAUAAGCAUAGAUAAAAUGGAUGGGUUUUCAAAACUUAUUUGUUUAAAAUGUACCAAACGAUUGAAUAAAUGCAUUGAAUUUAUAGAAUUAUGUCAACAGUCAGAAAAAAAGUUUAAAGAACUAAAUUCCAAGAAGCUAUGCAACAAAUUAAGUGAGGAUAAGAAAGAAUCUGUUCUGCAAGUAACACAAGAUGGUACAGCGGUAAAAAACAAUGAGACUUAUAAUAAUACAAAAGCUGAAAGGCAACAUCAAUGUACCAUAUGUGGAAAAUUUAUGUCCUCCAGAUAUAGACUUAGAACUCAUCUAGUAACACAUACCAAAGAACGCCCGUUCUCAUGUAAUCAGUGUGAUAAAAGCUUUUCAUUAUCAGAAACCUUGAAUGUGCAUAAAAGGACACACACUGGUGAAAAACCAUUUCACUGUGGAACAUGUGGUAAGGGUUUUGCCCAUUCAGCUGGCCUGAUAGCUCAUAACCGAAAGCAUACUGGUCAGUUACCUUACCAGUGCCAUCUUUGCCCUAAGCAAUUCAGAACUAUAGGCCAUUUGCAAUAUCAUAUAUGUAAACAUACAGGAAAACGAAAUUUUGAUUGUGAUACAUGUGGGCGUGCCUUUAUCACCCGUCAAGAUUUAAAGCAACAUCUCAUGACGCAUGGUGGUGAGAAACCGCAUGUUUGCUGUGUUUGUGGAUUGCGUCUGAGUCGUGCCUCUAACUUACGACGUCACUUAAAACUAGCACAUUCUGAAGAUUCUUCUUUGUUAUUUGAUAAAAACAGUGUUAAAAACCCAGAAUUAUGCAUAAAGGACUAAAAUAUAAUUACUAUUUAACUAUUCACCCUAUCGUUUACUGAAGGGACACAAAGUUUAUUAGACCGUCCACUUUCUAAGUAUAAUCUGAAAUAAAGUUUUAUUACAA